AUGGCCAUUGGCGUCGAGUUUAUAGUGAAUGACAUCUCGUAUACGGUUUACGCCAACAGAGAAGUCAUUGUUUCCGGCGGUGCCAUAAAUAGUCCUCAAUUAUUAAUGCUCUCAGGCGUGGGUCCAAAAAGUUACUUAAAAAACUUUAAUAUAACACUUGUGUCGGACUUACCGGUCGGACAACAUUUUGUCGAUCACGCGGUCGUUAGUAUACUAUCGGAUAUAAAACCGCAAUAUCUACAUCUACUCAACCAAUCGCCACAAAUCAAUGUUAAGCAAUUGAGCCAAUUAUAUGCCAAUCACCAAGGUCCAUUAUCAUCUUUUGUAAAUUUUGUAUUAUAUUUUAAUACACGUCAAAACACCGAGGUACAAUGGCCAAAUGCCAUGUUAUUUUAUUCAACUACAAACACUACUCUACACGGAGCUAUUUCCUUAAUGAGAUUCAAAAGUGAGGGCACUAUUAGAUUACAGUCAACUGAUCCACGAUUACCACCACUAAUAGACCCGAAUUUGUUAUCACAUCCAUUAGAUUAUGACAACACUAUUAAUGCCUUGAGUUUCCUAUUUUAUAUACUCGAGCGGACACAAGUGGCUCAUUAUAUACAGCCAUUGCCUCCAUUCUCGGCCAUCGGGUGUCCCGACUGUACGGACAAACAAUAUUUGUAUGAAUGUGUGAAUGGAUUGAAGUGUUAUAUUAAUUACAAUACAUUGUCGUAUUGGCAUCCGGCGAGCAGUUGUCGUAUGGGAGCCAUAGAGAGGCCGGACGUUGUGGUCGACCCCCAGUUGAGGGUUAAGGGAGUGAAUGGUCUCCGGGUUUGCGACGCCUCUGUGUUUCCGGUUAUACCCAACGCCAACACCGCCUCCGCCUCUAUAUUAGUGGGCUAUAAAUGUGCCAAAAAUAUUACCCCCAGUUGA